UUUGCUGUUCUGUAUUUGAUAAACAAAACUGUGACAAAUUUGUAUUUCAGUUAUUUCUUUUCUCUAACUUUAAAUGGCUAUCUGAAUAGGAAAUAAAAUACAUAUUACAAAUUUGUUGCAUCCACUACAUCUGUGUAUGCAUUUAGAUAUUGCAUUUUGUUCUUGAAAGGAAGCUUGGGCGAGUUCAGCUUUUCGUAAGAGGAUCAAACUACUUCUUAAAAAUGGCCUCUUUAUUUGAUCAGUAUGAACAGGCUGCAUCACUUUCAUCAGGUUACAUGACAGGGAAGCCUGUAAUACCAGAAAUGACAACUGCUGGUCUAAUUAAUGCCAAUUUAGAAGAUGAUGCUCCUAUGUUUACUAAAAAAAGGAUAAAUUUCAAUCCUUCUGAUUCUAUAACGCAUAUGACAGUUUGUAACAAUAAAUUGAUACUUGGCAUGAGAAACAAAAUACGAAGAAUGGAUUUAAAUAAUCCAGACAAUUAUGAUGAUAUUGAUUUGCAAAAAGGAGCAUCAGAAAGAGUGAAAAUUUAUGAAUUGUUUCUUGAUCGCAUGGGUAAACAUCUCCUUAUUAGUUUGGUUAAUCCUGGAAAUGAAGGACCCUUUGAAAAUUUAUACCUUUUUCAAUCUUCAAAGAAAGCUCAGCAUUGUAAUAAAAUGAAGGGACAAGUUAUAAGUUCUGUAGCGUGGAAUCCUCUGGGAUCUACUGACAAUUCAACUGGAAUACUACUUAUUGGAACUACGAAAGGAUUAAUUUUUGAAACCGAAUUAGCAUCAGGAGAUGAUAGACCUUUUUUCCAAAGUAGCCCUGAACAAUAUUUUAAGCAAGUUUUUGAUCUGGGGGUUACAAAUGUACUGAGUUCAGACUGCAAAACUAUCACUGGUAUUGUGUUUCACAAAAUUUCUGGUGAUAAAUAUUUUGCAUUUGUAACAACUCCGCAGAGACUUAUUCAGUUUAUGGGAGAUUCUAAUUCCAGUGACCCACCUGUUCUGCAAAAUGUAUUCCAUUAUUAUAAAGAUGUUCCUGAGAGUCACAUUGAACUUCCUGGGACACUGUCUUACAGCAAGCUUCAACUUUAUUACCCAAAUCCAAAAGUUCUACCAGUAACAUUUGGAUGGAUGACUGAACCUGGCAUAGUAUAUGGUGAUAUAAAUUAUGCUGCUGAUUCUCCAAAGAAUCUGAUUGUAAAAAGAAAACUGCUGCAUUAUCCUGAAGAGAAAAGUGGGAAUAGAGUGCCAUUGUCGAUUAUUUUAACAGAGUUUCAUGUUCUUGUUCUUUUUCAUGAUAGAUUAAAAGUCAUAAGUGUAUUGAAUCAACAGUUGGUGUUUGAAGAUUUUUUUUCUGAAACUUAUGGCUCUCUGAAGGGAAUCGUUAAAGAUCCAGAAAAAGGAACCAUUUGGGCCUUUUCAGAAAUGGGUAUUUAUAGAUACAGGAUUUUCAGAGAAGAGAGAUAUGUUUGGGAAGUUUAUUUAGAUAAGGAUGAAUAUGAAUUAGCUAGGAAGUAUUGCAAGAAUGAUCCUAUUAAAAUUGAUAAAGUCUUGUCAAAGCAGGCAGAUGAUUUGUUCAAGAAAAAAUGUUUUGAAGAAAGUGCUGUUAUUUAUGCUCAAACUCACACCUCAUUUGAAGAAAUUGCUUUAAAAUUUCUGGAAGCAAGACAGGAUGGAGCACUGAGAAAAUUCCUGCUGAAAAAAUUAGAUGGACUUAAACUUCAAGAUAAAACUCAAAUCACAAUGAUUGUUAUGUGGUUGAUGGAAAUAUAUCUGAAUGAGCUUGGUGUUUUGCGUACAUCUGGAAGAAAGAGCUCUCAGGAAUUUGUUAAUCUUCAACAAGAAUUUCGCAAGCUAAUGAAAGAGCCUAAAAUUAAAGAAUGCAUUUCCAACAAUAGAAGUGCUGUGUAUAAUUUAAUGUCUAAUCAUGGAGAUGAAGAAAACCUGAUAUAUUUCACAAAUCUCAUGAAGGAUUUUGAAAAAGUUAUACUUUAUCACUUACAACAUAAAAACUAUCGAGCUGCUUUACUGGUCCUAACAGAACAUAGCCGUCCUGAGUUGUUUUACAUGUUUUCGCCUGCAUUGAUGCAAACUAAUCCAAAAGAAACUGUUGAUGCUUGGAUUGCCCAAGAUCGUCGAUUAAACCCUGUUCAAUUGAUUCCUGCUUUAGUCCAGUUUGAUAGCAAUAAUGAUCCCAGAUUGGGUAAUGAAGCUAUAAGAUACCUUGAAUAUUGUGUUGAUAAAAUGGGAGUCAGAGAUCAAGCUAUUCAUAAUUAUCUAUUAACAUUAUAUGCCCGUCUACAAGAAACUGAAAAGCUUAUGACAUAUUUGCAGCAACAGGAUGAAUCGGAUGUUCCUUAUGAUCAAAAAUAUGCAUUGAGAAUUUGUUCAGAGCUUACUGGUUUGGAGAAAGCUUGUGUGCACAUUUAUACAACUAUGGGAUUGUAUGAAGAAGCUGUGGAUUUGGCCCUGAAAGUUGAUGUAGAGUUGGGAAAACAAAAUGCUGAUCGUCCUGAAGAUAAUGAUGACUUGCGCAAGAAACUAUGGUUAAAAAUUGCCAAGCAUGUUGUAAAAGAAAAGAAUGACAUUAAAAGAGCUAUGGAAGUAUUGCAAGAAUGUGAUCUUAUCAAAAUUGAAGACAUCCUACCAUUUUUUCCAGAUUUUGUCACCAUCGAUCACUUUAAAGAUGCAAUCUGUUCGUCAUUACAUGAUUACAACCAGCAUAUUGAAGGUCUGAAAGAAGAAAUGGAAGUUGCAACUCAAAGUACUCAAGAAAUUAGAACUGAAAUUCAAACAUUUCGAAACAAGUUUAACAUGGUAACUGCUCAAGAAAAAUGUGCCUCCUGUGGUUAUCCCAUUAUGGGACGUUCCUUUUAUCUUUUCCCUUGCAAGCAUGUUUUUCACUCUGUUUGUAUGGUUUCCGAAGUGCAACCCCAUCUACCCCCAACAAAACAGAACCGUAUUACAGAGCUCCAAAGACAACUAGCUGCACUGGUAGGACAAGAUGAUUCGGCUUCUAUAUCUUCCGCAUCAUUAAUGUCUGCAUCAGUUAGCACUAAAGACAAAUUAACUGCUGAACUUGAUGAUCUUGUUGCUUCAGAAUGCUUAUACUGUGGUGAUAUAAUGAUUAGGUCGAUUGAUGUAACCUUUUUGAACAUGUCAGAAUAUUCUUCUAUUUUGAAAAGCUGGGAGUAGCAAGAUUAAUUUCAUGUACAAUUAUAAAUUAAAAUUAUUAUCUUGAUUUGAUGGAUU